AUGUCCAUAGGCGUUCUCGGGAGCCGCCGCACCUUUCGCUGGGAGAGCGCCAGUAAGCCCGCCCUCAACCGCUGCCUCCUCCGCUCCGCGCAGGGCCAGCAUCCGCCCGCGUCCCUCCCGCACCAUCUGGGCCUGUACCCGUGCCCUCACCACCACCGCCACCACCACCAUCACCACCACCGGCCGCGGCGGCGCCACAUCUCGGCCGACGCCCCGGCCUGGCAGAGGCGCCCCAGCGAUGUCGCGCCGCCGUCGCUCGCCUCGUCGUGGCAGACGGAGCCGCCCAGCCUGCUUACGCCGGACGCCCUCAGCGUGAGCGGCGAGAGGCCGGCCUCGAGCGCCGAAGGGGCGAGCCUCGAGUCGCGAAACGUCCUCUUGGCGAGGCGGCCCUUCGUCGCCGCCAGGAUGUCGUCCGCCAGUGCCCCUAGAGGCGCCGAUGAUGCCGGGGAGUCCCCGACGGCGGCCGCGAGGGAGGUGAAGCAAUACCUGAACCGCACGCUGUUCCCGCGGCCCUCGUCCACCCUGCACGGCUACGCCUCGCUCUACCACCGCCUCAAGAAGCUGCCGGCGACGCACAGGAAGGCGCGACAGCGGGGCAAGACCGCGCCAGAGACGACCACGUCGCCGCCGACGGUGGACGCCUCUGCGCGGGGCAUCGAAGGCGCCGCCGAGUGCAAGCCGGGUCCCAGGGACGCCUCGAGGGGCAGCGCGCCGUGCCCUCCGCGCGUCGAGAUCCACAUCUACGUGCCAACCGCGGCGGCCGCAGCCUCCGGGCCCUUCCCGCAGGAGGGGGGCGCGCAAAGGAACCUGUGA